GAUGUUGGCACGACUGACAAUCUGACGUCCAACUCACAACUCAGGAUAAGCACCAAAAUAACAAAGAUGGAUUCGGGAAAAUAGUGCUACGUACGUUAAUGCUUCUUAUCGACUGAGCUUCACUUUGAAAAUAGCUUAAUCAUGAUGCAAUUCAUGCUUUUAUUCAGCCGGCAAGGCAAACUCCGUCUGCAAAAGUGGUAUCAGGCUUACCCAGACAAAACCAAGAAGAAAAUCACGCGAGAACUGAUAGCUACUAUUCUAGCUCGUAAGCCCAAAAUGUGCAGCUUCCUCGAGUGGAAAGAUCUGAAAGUGGUGUACAAAAGGUACGCAAGCUUAUACUUCUGCUGCGCCAUAGAGCAAGAUGACAACGAACUCCUCACUUUAGAGGUGAUUCACAGAUAUGUCGAAUUGCUGGACAAAUAUUUCGGAAGCGUAUGUGAAUUGGACAUCAUUUUCAACUUCGAGAAAGCUUACUUCAUGUGUGAUGAGCUUCUGCUGGGCGGAGAGAUACAAGAAACGAGUAAGAAAAACGUGCUGAAAGCCAUAGCUGCGCAAGAUUUACUGCAAGAGGACGAAGCGGUGGAAGGUGCUCUAAGGGAAAUCGGACUGCUCUGAUUGAGAGGCCGCCGGACGAUGCACCUCCCUUCUAACCUCUUGCCGCCUGCCAUGCCGCGGCAGCUGCUUGCAACUUGGACGCUAUUGCUGCUGUUGCUGUCCAUUUUCAGAGUUUAUUUUUCACAAACACACACAGCCAUUCCACAUCUAUUAUAAUUAUACGAAUAGAACACUCUUGAUUGAUUUUAUCCCACUCAAAGAGUUGUGAACUAGUUACUGCUUAAUUCAGUUACAAUCCGCAGUUGUUUCCUUAGUUGUUCUCGAUUGAUGUAAAUAUAUUUACUUGGUUUUACUGUAAUUAAAGGUGUUUUACGACAAAGCA